UCGACGCGCGCGACCCACUCCUCUUACCACAACGUGCACUUGUUGCGUUGCCUUACUGCCUGUUAACGCGGGAUCGAAACGGACGCUGAAGAUGCUCUAUUUAGCUGGUAUUAUCGUCUUCGUAACGAUUGUCGACGCUACGCUUCACCUGGAGCAUUGCCCUCUCUACUGCGAGUGCGACUGGGCGUCCUGGAGCGUCUCCUGCUCCGACCUCCAGCUGCUGCCCGCAUUCCACCCCAGCACCACGGAGGUAUGGCUUGAAGGAACACGUCUGUCCUCAAUCCCGCAUGAGGCCUUUUCCAAGUUAGUCAACAUUUCCCACAUCUACAUCUCUGAGGAUAAAACUUUAAGAGGCCUUGAUCGACACUCCUUCUAUAACAGUCCCAGGAUGAGCCACAUAGAACUAAGAAGCCUCAGAAAACUGUCCUCCAUCCACCCAGAGGCAUUCCAGGACCUACCUCACCUGCAGUAUCUCGGCAUACUUAACACAGGUCUCAGCUCCUUCCCUGCCCUUAAACUCAUCCUAUCAGUGCAAGCGGAGUUUGUUUUGGAGAUCGUGGAUAACACUUUAUUAGAAGUGAUACCUGCUAAUGCUUUCAAUGGAUUAUCUGAGAAUUAUUUAACGAUCAUGUUCAAUGGCAACGGCCUGCGGAGCAUCCAGCCGUAUGCCUUCAACGAGAGCCGCCUGGAGGAAGUGUAUCUCAACAGGAAUGUGGAUUUGGAAACAGUUGACGCUUUGGCUUUUUCUGGAGUCAUUCACGGUCCAACACUUCUAGACCUCUCAGAGACCAGAGUGACCACUUUACCCUCAAUGGGCCUGGGAGCCGUGGAGACAUUCCAAGCUAAAAACACUUGGGGCCUCAAGCAACUGCCCCCCCUUACAGCGUUUCUGCAUCUCCAGAGUGCUGAGCUGACCUUCCCCAGCCACUGCUGUGGCCUCUCAAAGCUGACGCGUUGGAGAGGACAAACAGAAGAAGUAAUUUGCAACCUGACGAGGACUCUGGGACUGAGGUCUCCCCAGGGGGGUUCCUCCGGACACACCAUCACCCAGCAGGAGGACUUUCUGCACAACAGCAGUCUCCAGACCUUUGCAAACCCUUACCACCACUUCCUCCAUCCCGACCUCUUCCGUCCGUCCGAGCUGUGGCCCAACGAGGGCCCCUACUUCGUGGACCUGCCCUCCGAGCCGCCGGAGGAGGGCUUAGACUACGCGCUGUGCAGUGACCCGCUCGCCCACCAGAGGGCGGUGGCCUGUGUGCCUGAGCCGGACGCGCUGAACCCCUGCGAGGACGUGAUGAGCCAGGGCUUCCUCCGGGUGGCGGUGUGGGCCGUCGGCCUGCUGGCCAUCCUGGCCAACCUGCUGGUCCUGUUGGUCCUGCUCACCAGCCGCCGCCGGCUCUCCAUCACACGCUUCCUCAUCUGCCAUCUGGCCUUCGCCGACCUCUGCAUGGGCGUGUACCUGCUGCUCAUCGCCGCGGUGGACGUCUACACGCGCUCCCACUACUACCAGCACGCCGUCGCCUGGCAGACAGGGGCCGGCUGCCAGCUGGCGGGCACGCUGUCCGUCUUCUCCUGCGAGCUGUCGGUCUACACGCUCACCGCCAUCACGCUGCAGCGCUGGCACGCCAUCUACUUCGCCAUGAGCCCUGAGCGCCGGCUGCGGCUCCGCCACGCCGCCGCCGCCAUGCUGGGCGGCUGGCUGCUGUGUCUGACGCUGGCGCUGCUGCCGCUGGUCGGCGUCAGCAGCUACCAGCGGGUGAGCGUCUGCCUCCCCAUGGACGUGGAGACGGCCACGGCCCGCGUCUACGUUGUCCUGGUGCUGAGCUUCAACGUCCUGGCCUUCACCGUGGUGGUGGCCUGCUACCUGCACAUCUACUGCAUGGUGCACAACCCCCGGCACCAGUCCAGCCGGCACGACGCCAGCAUGGCCCAGCGCAUGGCCGUGCUCAUCUUCACCAACUUCCUGUGUGUGGCGCCCAUCUCCUUCUACGGGCUGUCGGCGCUCCACCGGCCGCUCAUCACCAUCACCGACUCCAAGGUGCUGCUGGUUCUGUUCUUCCCUCUGAACUCCUGCACCCAGCCCUUCCUGUACGCCCUGCUGACCCGGGCCUUCCAGUGGGACGCCGCGGCCAUGCUGAGCCGGGUCGGGCUGUGGAGGCCGCAGGCACCGCUCUGCUGAAGCCCCGCUACACUACUGCCUCUACAGUAGUGUACUGUAUCUCACCUACAGUAACUACUGCCUUUACAGUAGUGUACUGUAUCUCACCAACAGUACACUACUGCCUCUACAGUAGUGUACUGUAUCUCACCUACAGUAACUACUACCUCUACAGUAGUGUACUGUAUCUCACCUACAGUACACUACUGCCUCUACAGUAGUGUACUGUAUCUCACCUACAGUAACUACUGCCUCUACAGUAGUGUACUGUAUCUCACCAACAGUACACUACUGCCUCUACAGUAGUGUACUGUAUCUCACCUACAGUAACUACUACCUCUACAGUAGUGUACUGUAUCUCAUCUACAUCAUCUACUGUCCCUACAGUAGUGUACUGUAUCUCACCUAACUACUGCCUCUACAGUAGUGUACU